AUGGAGUGGGAUCCCAGUCGAUUCUUCCGUUCUUCGGGGAGUCCUUCGCCUUACGCUCUGCUCAUCCUCAACCAGCCAAUCAACGAGAAAGCAUUUGGGGUGUUGAGCAGAUAUGCAUCUUGUAUUCUGUGCGCCGAUGGAGGCGCCAAUCGGCUUUUUGAUAUGAUGAAAAUCAAUGGAACUGAAUCUACAGAUCUUCCCGACGCCAUUGUUGGCGACCUUGAUUCUAUUCACCGUACAGUACGAGAGCAUUAUGAGAAACUCGGCGUCUCUGUUAUUCAAGACCCAGAUCAGUACACCACAGACUUUACCAAGUGUCUGCAAUAUCUCAAUACACAUGCGGCAGAAAUCAUAGCUUCCCCCGAGCGGACUGAUGAAUCACCCUUGGAAAUUGUGAUCCUCGGUGGUCUCGGCGGCCGCGUGGACCAAGCCUUCUCGCAAGUCCACCAUUUAUACAUGAUGACGCAAACGCAGCGCUCAAUCCGUGAGAACGGCAACAAGUCUCCAAACUCGGACACCAAACCAGGUGGUGGUGGCAAUCUCUAUCUGGUCUCCGAGGAAAGCAUUACAUUCAUUCUCCAAACGGGGAAGAAUACAAUUCUCACACCGGCAACAAGACGCGCAGACCUUACGACAGAGACAGUAUCUGAUAUGCUCAAAUCGUCGAGCAAGCGAAAGCGUGAUCAAGAGCAGGAAAGAGAGAAGGCGCAAGAACAAGAAUAUUUCUUUGAAGAAAACAUUGGGAUCAUCCCUCUCUCAGCGCCUGCCUCGAUCACAACACAUGGCUUUGAAUGGGAUGUGGAGAAUUGGCAUACCGAGAUGGGAGGGCAAAUAUCUACAAGCAACCAUAUCCGUGCCGACAAGGUGGAGAUUGAGACCUCUGUACCGGUUUUAUUCACAGUGGAGUUGGCGGAGAGGUUUAAGCGGUGA